AUGGAGCGCCUCAGCCAGGCAAUUUGCAAGGCACAUCUUGAUGCGCUGGCCUUACUGUCGGCUGCCAUGUCACUCCUUGUUGUUGCCCGCCGGUUGUCGGUCCUUUCUGGACUGCCAGUCGGCGAUUCCUAUCGGGCCACCCUUUUGGAGGCUCCCUUGACCGGCGCGGAUUUGUUUGGCGGGGUCCUUCCCUCAGUGCAAUCUGAGAUGAGGUUGGACCCGUUUGCAUCUAAGGAUGCACGCCACAACUCGGCAGGCAAAGGCGCUAGCAGGAAGAGGCAGGCUUCUGGCUCCUCCAGGCGUAGGAGGAAGAGGGCAAAGAUGACUGCUUUUCAGCAGCAGCCUGUCCCUCCGACUUCCGCUCCGGCAGAACGUCGGAAAUCUUCCUUCCGCGCCGCUCCCACGCCCUUGGGCGCGGGAGGCUCCGCCGAUGUGGUUUGGGAAGGGCUAAAUUGGCCCCUUCCGGACUUGCCAGUAGGCGGUCGGCUGUCCCAUUUCGUUCCUCAGUGGAAAGAAAUCACACCAGACAGUUGGGCCCUAGGGGUUGUGUCCAAGGGUCUCUGCAUCCCGCUUCUUCGGGAUCCACCUCUGGCGCGAGAGCCUAUCUUUUUCCCGUCUCCUUCCGAUCCGGGAAAUGUGGAGGCUCUCAGGUCGGAGGUUCAGGCCAUGAUCGCGAAGGGCGCGAUCGAGGAACUUUCACCGGACCGGUGGUCUCCAGGGUUUUACUCCCGGGUCUUCCUCAUGAAGAAGAAGUCCGGUGCCUGGAGGCAUAUUAUCGACCUCAGUACGUUCAACACGUACGUCGAUUCCCCGCACUUUCAGAUGGAAACGCCACGACGCAUCAUUGCGUCAGUGCGUCCAGGGAUGUGGGCUACGUCCAUCGAUCUGAAGGAUGCUUACUUUCACAUCCCGUUGUUGCAGGGAGUAGUGGGGCACCUCCACAGUCUCGGGGUAGAUGCACACAUCUACUUCGACGACUCCCUGUUGCUCCAAGUGGAACCAGUUAUCCUGUCCCGGAGCACGAGGUCGGUGCUGGGCGUUCUGUGCCGCCUAGGGUUCAUCCCUUCCAGGGAGAAGUCGGAGGUUCUCCCCUCCCAAGAUUUUGUUUUCCUCGGUUAUCGGUUCAGAACCGAUCUGGGGUUUGUCCUUCCACCAGCGUCCAAGUUCGAGAAGGCCUCUCUGUUGGUUUCCGUUCUGGUCGGUGUGGAGCGAAUUCAGGUUCGAUGGUUCCUUCGGUUCCUCGGUUACCUGAAUUCACUGGCGGAUGUGGUUCCCUUGGGUCGGCUUCACAUCCGUCCGCUCCAGCUGUUCCUUCUGUCAGUUUGGUCUCCGGUGUCUCGACAGUGGGAUGUGUACAUUCCUCUGCCGGAGUCGGUGAAGGAAUCGGGUCGUUGGUGGACUCUCGAAAGCAAUGUCUUGACCCUUUACACCGACGCAUCCAUGACCGGUUGGGGUGCAUACCUUUCCGGUCAGACGUCGUUCGGGGUGUGGUCGGGGGAACAGCUUUCAGAACACAUCAAUGUUCUGGAAAUGCGUGCUGUUCUGUUGGCCCUUCGGGGUCUUCGACCCUCCCUGCAGAGCAAGGCCAUUUGUCUGGCGACAGACAACUCCACUGUGGUGGCUUAUCUGCGGCGCCAGGGGGGCACCCGUUCCCCGCCUCUGUGUGCUUUAUCCACCCAGGUCCUGUUGCUGUGUCAGGAGAUCAGUCUUGAUCUCACGGUGAGGCACCUUCCAGGUCGUCUAAAUGUUCUGGCCGACACUCUGUCUCGGUCUCGGAGCCCGGUUCUCACCGAAUGGACCCUCAAGCGUUCGGUGUUCCGGUCUCUUUGCCUGGUUUAG